AUGGUGCCAAAGGCUGUCAUUGCCGACCUCUCACCGGAUGCAGGGGACGCAGAGUCAUCUUCGGUGUCCACAAGCGCGACGGCACGGUCUAUGGGUCGAUCCAGCAGCGUGAACUCCAAGCUGAGCGAGGCGGAUCCGGAUGCGCAGCGCAAGAAGCUGGUCAAAGCCUUCCUGGAUUCCAACGGCUUCAUGCACGUGAACGAGUCCAAAAGCUCAUGGACGCGCACUUGCUAUCCGCUCCACACAGCGGUUCGCCAGAACAAACCUGCGAUAGUGAAGGCCUUGCUCCUGCUCGGCGCGCGGGCGGACCUCAAGUCCCGAGGUCUCACUCCAGAGGAGUAUGCCUUGCAGCGUCAGAACAAGUGGGGUGGUUACGAGGGCACCGUGGACGUCUUCAAGCAGUUCAGGGACCAAGAGAUCAGCCGCCAGAGCAUCAUGGAAGACUCGGAAAGCAGUGGCUCUUCCCACUCCAUCUGA